AUGUGCCCUCGCACGCACACAGAAGCCAGCUCUAAGGCUGGGCUCAUGGCUGCUCAGACAGCCUGGGACCCAGGAUCGCGGCAGAGCCGGGGGCUGGCCUGUGGCACAGCAGCAGACUACGAAGAGGGGGCGCUGUGGGAGCAUCUCGGCCAGACCUCCCGUCGGAAGGAGAGCCCCCCAGCUCCUGACGUCUUCAGGGUCCCGUCUGCACAGGAGGAGCGGACCUGCCGCUGCUCCCUGCCGAUCAUGAACAAGAUGAAGAACUUUAAGCGCCGCUUCUCCCUAUCCGUGCCCCGCACUGAGACCAUUGAGGAGUCCUUGGCGGAGUUCACAGAGCAGUUCAACCAGCUCCACAACCGGCGCAACGAGGACCUGCAGCUUGGUCCUCUUGGUGGAGAUCCCCAGCCAGAGUCCAGCACCUUCUCCCCCACAGACAGUGGGGAGGACCCCGGGCAGCCGUCCCCAGGUGUGCAGUACCGGCGGCAGAACCAACGCCGCUUCUCCAUGGAGGACAUCAGUAAGAGGCUCUCUUUGCCCAUGGACAUCCGCCUGCCCCAGGAGUUCCUGCAGAAGCUGCAGCUGGAGAGCCCAGACCUGCCCAAACCGCUCACCCGAAUGUCCCGCCGCGCUUCCUUGUCAGAUAUCGGCUUUGGGAAACUGGAAACAUACGUGAAACUGGACAAACUGGGGGAGGGAACCUAUGCCACAGUCUUCAAGGGGCGCAGCAAACUGACAGAGAACCUCGUGGCCCUGAAGGAGAUCCGGCUGGAACACGAGGAGGGGGCGCCCUGCACUGCCAUCCGUGAGGUGUCUCUCCUGCGGAACCUGAAGCACGCCAACAUCGUGACCCUCCAUGACCUCGUGCACACGGAGCGCUCCCUCACCCUGGUGUUUGAGUACCUGGACCGUGACCUGAAGCAGUAUCUGGACCACUGUGGCAACCUCAUGAGCAUGCACAACGUCAAGAUUUUCAUGUUCCAGCUGCUCCGGGGCCUCGCCUACUGCCACCGCCGCAAGAUCCUGCACCGGGACCUGAAGCCCCAGAACCUGCUCAUUAACGAGAGAGGGGAGCUGAAGCUGGCCGAUUUUGGACUGGCCCGGGCCAAGUCAGUGCCCACGAAGACCUACUCCAAUGAGGUGGUGACCCUGUGGUACAGGCCCCCCGAUGUGCUGCUGGGGUCCACGGAGUACUCCACCCCCCUAGACAUGUGGGGUGUGGGCUGCAUCCACUACGAGAUGGCCACAGGGAGGCCGCUCUUCCCCGGCUCCACGGUCAAGGAGGAGCUGCACCUCAUCUUCCGACUCCUCGGGACCCCCACGGAAGAGACGUGGCCCGGUGUGAUGGCCCUGUCGGAGUUCCGAGCCUACAACUUCCCCCGGUACCUCCCCCAGCCGCUCCUCAGCCACGCUCCCAGGUUGGACCCUGACGGCAUCAACCUCCUGAGCAGCCUCCUCCUGUAUGAAUCCAAGAGCCGCGUGUCAGCAGAGGCGGCCCUGAGGCACCCCUACUUCCGGUCUCUGGGGGAGCGCGUGCACCAGCUGGAAGACACUGCCUCCCUCUUCUCCCUGAAGGAGAUCCAGCUCCAGAAGGACCCCGGCUACCGGGGUCUGGCCUUCCAGCAGCCAGGGCGAGGGAAGAACCGCCGACAGAGCAUCUUCUGAGCUGUGCCCGCCCUCCUGUGGCCCAGGGGCGAGAGGUCACACCGUGCACAGCUGCAGCGGGAUGGGGCCCGUGCGGCCUCGGAGGACAGAUGCGUGAGGGCUGGUGGCCGGCCCGGGAGACCUUGGGCAGCCCAGCUGGCCGUGGCUGCUUCCUCUCCCUGCUUCCCAUGUGCCUCCCCAGACACCAACCCCUUGGCCCAGACACCAACCCCUCCACCGCCUGCCCUGGGGCCAGGCAUGAGCUGCUUCCUUUGGAAGAGGUGGUGGGCAGAGAGCAACCUCAGGCACUUUCCCACCCUGAAGCCCUUGGGCACCAGCGGGGAACCCACAGGGACUGGAGAGUCCAGAGGCUGAGCUGAGC